AAUUUGAAAGUUCGCGUCUACAUAAACAGCGCAGCCCGCACUCUCCCGCUCCUCCAUUGCUUGCUGUCGCUGCAAAUCGCAUUGCUUGCUUCCAUCUCAAGCUUCUCUUUGACUCUUGAUUCUUGGAAUCAUGCCUCCUAAGCGUCAGUUGAACGCAUCAGCCUCGGAUGAGCCACGUCGCAGUGCACGCGCCAGUGUGAAACCAUCCUUGUUGCUAGACGAGUCUGGCGGUGGUAAAGAGGCUGAUAAGCCUGCUCAGCCUGCAAAGAAGGCAAAGAUGAGUGUAAAGCCCAAAAAGACUGUCAAGGAAACUGCUAGCAAGGCUAAACCUGCCAAAUCGGCAACGAAAGCUCAACCCAAGGCAGCUGUCAAGAAGGCGCCUGCUAAAAAGGCGGCCAAGAAGGAGGCACCUGCAAAGAAGGCUGAGUCAGAGGAGAAGCCUUCUGACGCAUCCGACGAGUCCAAGGACAGCGCAAAGCUCAAAGUGGGCGAUAUGCUUCCAGAAAUCACCUUGAAGGAUCAAUCUGGCGCAGACGUGAAUUUGCACGCUGUUGCUCAGGAAUCGGGUCUCGUGAUCUUUUCUUAUCCUGCUGCCUCCACGCCAGGCUGUACCUCGCAGGCAUGCUCUUAUCGUGAUGAGUAUGCUGCCAUUACGGGCAAGGGAUUCAAGGUCUAUGGCCUGUCUACCGAUACUGUGAACGUAUGGACUCCUUUCGAUUGAUCUAGCUAAUGAACAGGCGCAAGAGAAGUUCAAGACGAAGCAGAAUCUGCAGUACCCUCUGCUGUCUGACUCGAAGAAGCAGCUACUCAGCCAACUGGGCGGCACUGCAUCUGGCAAGAAGACGGCCCGCCGCUGCCACUGGGUUGUGGCCAAGGGUGGUAAGCUGGCUAGUGUCGAGAUUGAUGUGAAGCCCAAGGACUGCGUGUCUACGGCCCUCACGACGAUUGCUGCUCUCUCGUAGCUCUGUAUCACUGAUAUGCCCCAUCUGAAUUCGUCGUUGCCGUUUGUUGAUUUUUCUU